AUGCUCACGAAUACGGCGAUUCACUACUGUCAUUGGGCUCCCUACGACGGCGAGCCUCCUCCAGACCGCCAGAGUAGGUAUAUUGAUUUUUGUGCGGUAUACCAUACGCACCGUUGGUGUCUCGGUCUGUGCGAUCGCCAGUCGUCAGCAGCUAGCCGUCUGGUGUUCAUCUCUCCUGUUUUUCAUUUGUUCUCUACUCUAUCGGCUAUCUCGGCCGGCGGUUAAAACCACCGCCGCCAUAUUUAACGCACACGCCUUUUUAUUUCAACGCGCCAACAUUGAACGUUACCGAAACCCGCCGUCAGAUCUCAGACAUCUGAAACAGAUAGCAAAUUUCGACUCGAGAUUAUUGUUACUACCGAAAACCUCUCGGGAACAUAUGGUGGUGCUAUCCCGUAUAGGUGAGUUUUGAGAGGGGUUGCUUCUAGGAAUAGACAAUAUGUGCACGUGUACCUUGUAUUUUGAAAGUAAUUUUUAUCACCUUAUUGCUCUGUGUUUGUUGUUUUGUCUAUGAUUCGGGUUUUGUAAAUCUAUUUUUAAACACGAAGUUAUAUUUUUGGACAUAUUUAAAACAAUUGUCGAACAACCAGAUUACCAGAAGAAAAUACUCUUAUUAAUUUAUUUAAUUUUUGAGACUAAUUUUUCCGUUUCAAAAUUGUAUGAACUUAUUUAGAAAUAAAAUUAUACUUUUACUAUGAGGAUUUAAUUUGCCACUGGGUAACCUUCCUAAUCAUUGGAUUGAUCGUUGUUUAUUAUUUUUGCCACUUAUAGAACCUACUCAUUGUAUACAUUUUCGAUUUAUUUACUUAGUAAAAAUAAAAUAUAAAACUUGUUACCUGAUUAAUAUUUUGUAAUAUAAACACAAAUAUUAUUGUAGGUAUCAAUAAUAUUAUUGACAUUUUUCUUCCCAUGUGUAAAUUUCCUAUGAUACAAUUAUUAUUAUUAUUUUUCAGUAUCGCUAUCAUUAUCCAGAGCAAGAUCUGGCAGUUGUAAAAAGCGUAUAGAGCCAUAUAUUGGCCCUUUUACAAGGUGCAUGAGUUCUAUAAAAUACCAGGGUUUUAGUUUUCGGUAAAUAUCAAAUUUAAUCAAAUGUUAAAAACACUCUGUACCAUUUUUUUUUCUGAAAUGUCAUAUUUUUAUAUUUAGAAAUUUGUUGGAACAGGACAUCAAAAUAUUGCAGCAACCAUCACAGAAAAUCACAACCAUUCCGGGAAACGUGACGGGUUAUACUUAA